AUAAAUUUGGGGUGCGCUCGAUAUCUGAACUGACAGCAGCAGAAACCAAGUGGGACAAGAUUUCCUUGAACUCCCAGUCACAUCGAAACGUUGCCAAAAUGGUGUGGACCCCCAUGGAGAUUAACCCCGAGAUGCUGAACAAGCUAAUGAGCUCCCUUGGCGUGGGCGACAGCUGGCGCUUUGUGGAUGUGGUGGGGCUGGAGGGUGAGCAACUCUCCACCGUCCCUAAACCAUGCUGUUCCUUGAUGCUGCUCUUCCCACUGACACAACAGCAUGACUCUUUCAGGAAGCAGCAGGCAGACAAGGUUUCAGUAGACUCCGAUGGUUAUUUCCUGAAGCAGACAGGAGAUAAUUCCUGCGGCACCAUCGCCCUGCUGCACGCUGUGGCCAACAAUAAAAGCAAACUAACAUUUGAUAGUGGCUCUAUCCUGAAAAAGUUUCUGGAUGAGACUGCAAACAUGUCUGCUGAUGAUCGUGCCAAACAUCUGGAGAAGAACCAGGCAAUCUGUGAUGCUCACAAUGAGGUUGCACAGCAGGGCCAGUGUAGGCCAGAAGCUGACAAAGUCAACUUCCACUUUAUUGCUUUUGGCAAUGUGAACGGACAACUUUAUGAAUUUGAUGGAAAAAUGAAUGGACCAGUGAAACAUGGAGCCACCAAAGAUGACUCAUUUGUAACGGAUGCAGCCAAAGUGUGCCGUGGAUUCAUGGAGAGAGAGCAAGGCGAGGUCCGUUUCUCUGCUGUGGCUCUUUGUCAAAGUUAGAUAUUCAGUAGAAGACAAAACCAAAUUGUAAACCAAAAUGUCCUGGAGCAUUUACAUGACAAACACAAUCAGUAAGCAUCCAUAAUGACCUGUGAGAACACACAUCUGCACACACUAUGCACUAUAAAGCACAUGUUGUUUCCACACAGUGUACUCUCAACUCAUGAACAAAGCAUUCUUAGCACAUGUACACACAAACACAAACCCACCAUCAAAGCCUUUUGUUCUGAUGACACUAUCUGAUACAUGCUUGUCCAAACCUUUUAUGUGUCAUCAUUCAGCAGUGAAAUUUGUUAACACGAGACCAGAUCGCACUAUGGCUCGUGUUCAUGUGUGUAUUUAGCAUUUGGCUUUUUUUACUGCUUCUGUUGGUAUGCAGUCAUCGGUGUAUUUGUCCUGACUAAAAAAAUGUUACUUAAAACCUUUUGUGCCAAUAAAGAGAACAAGAAGAGUGUAGAGGAAAAGGCCCCUCAAAAUGCCUUCAGUUGCUGUGUGGUUGAGUUUAUAAGGAUCUGACAUUCCUCAGAACAGCCCAAAUGUAUCCGUAGGAAUAAUUUAACCAUUGUUCGAAACAUGCACGCAACCUUUUGAGUGCAGUUCUUUUGUAAAACGCUGCUGUUUCUCUGAAGAACUGAGGCUUUCUUUAAGAAGUUGAAUUUAAAGUUCAAGAUGAUGGUGUCCCUUUGAAUUUUGACUAUUUAUUUACUAAAGCAAUUCUUUUUGCUCUUGAUUUAAAAAUGGCUUUUCAGCCAACUAUCUACAAUUUCUCACUAGCCAAAUACACUUUAUGUGUCUGAGGUUAAAUAAGAUAACUCCAAAACGAGGGACCAUCAAAUCAAAGUGCUACUCUAUGCCGGGUUGUCAUUGUGCAGUGCAGGGUGAUUGUACUGUGUUUACUCUGUGCACCAAUUGUUUACCUUUCUGCACUUUUCAAAUAUUUUGCUGUAGUUCUACUGGUGAUGCAGCUGUGGGAAUUCAAUAAAGCAACCAUUAAACUUGA